AUGUUGAAACUAUUACAAAUCUUUGCCAUUUUCGGCAUUGCCGCUGUUCUGGCCUUACCACUAACUUCGAACGAAGAUGGAUCAAAUACCACGACUCUUAAAGACAGUGCCACGAUUCCUGAUGAUCAGAACACUGUUACACUCGAAGUUCCAAACGACAGUGGAUCGCCGGAUAACGGUAAUCAGGACAACGAUGAAAAUAAUAACAACACGAGUUCGGCCGAUAUUAAGAACAAGACCUCUAACGUUAUUGACGAUUUGGAACAACUCGUACAGUCGAUGGCACACGCGAUAGAAAACGAAUUGAAGAACGCCGCAAACUCUACUUUAAAUCUCCUGGAAAACGCGAAGGGUAAAGUGAACGCAACCGAGGACAAAAUUAAGAACACUGUUCAGAACGCUACGCGAACGUUAGAGGGCAUCCUGAGGAACAUUAAAAACCAAACUGAUAAUAACUUGGAACGAUUGAGAAACGCUACGCAAAACAACGCGAACAAGAUUAAGGACGAAUUGUCGAACGUUGUGCAAGAGGUGAGAAACGGUAUCGCGGCGCUUAAAAACGACACUUCCGAAAUUGGGAAACUUGUUAAACAAAAGUGUCGAUGCUCUGAAGAAUGUCAGCUAGUCUGUAAACAACGCGAUCGAUCAAGCUAAACAAGACGUUGCUGAAGUUUUCGAACAGGCGAAGAAUGCCAGAUCGGAGAAGUUGCAGGAAUUGAAGGAUAAAGGAUCAGAGCUGGUGCAGAACGUGACAGAUGAUCUGAAAUCGUUGAGACAAGAAGGCGAGGAGAUUUUAAGUAAGAUCGAGGAUUCGUUAAAUGAUCUGAAGAACGAAACAUCGUUGUUUGUUCAUAGUAUCGCGAACGAAGUCCAAGAAAAGAUAAACGAAAUUAAGCAAAACGUUUCCAAAGCUAUGUAGUUAACAGCACGUUGGCUAAUCUUUCGGAGGAAGCUCACCAGAUCGGCGAAGAAAUUAAGAAUCAAACCGAUCAUUUAAACAUUUAAAAGAGAAGCUGCCUGAUAUUGCUAAUAAAACAAUGGAUACCUUGCAGCAAGUCGUUGAAGGGUUUGUAAACGAAUUCGAACAAAUCAAGGGGACUGUUACCAAUAUUGUGUACAAGGUAGUAGGGGAUGUUCUAAGCGAAAUCUUAAGGAUAAAGCAAGAAAUAUCAAACGGCAUCGGAAAUAUCGAAAAUGAAGGUAAAGAAGUGUUGCAUAAUGCGACAGACAAGAUCCAAGAUGACAUAAAGGAAGUUACUAACAUAAUAUCUACGCUGGUGGGUGACGUUAAGAACCAAACGCAGAAACGAUUGCAGGAGCUUAAAGACAAAGUUGACGAAAUAAGGCACGAGUCCGAGGCUAUGAAAGAUAACAUUAAACAUCAAGUAGAGCAGGUUCAUAAAAAUAUCAGCGACGCUUUGAACAAAUUGGAGAACGAUAUGAACAACACGUUACUGAAUGCGACGAAUAAAGCUUUGGAGAUUAUAAAUAACGUAAAGAAUUUCACGCAAGGAAUGAUAAAAGAAGUUAUGCAGAAUACUGCUCGAGCUGUAAACGAAGCGAAAGAUCAGUUCGAGGAUGCUAAGAAUAAGACAGGCGCUGCUUUGAACCAAACGUUGUCUUCGUUGAGACAGGAUGCAGAGAAAAUUUUGAAUCAAACCAAAGAAACUAUCAGUAAUGUGAUAAACGAACUGAAAAAUCAUUCUUUCAAUGCUCUUGGUAGUCUUAAGAAUAUAACGAAGAAGGCUUUGAACGAUGCCAAAGAGAAAUUUCGUAAGUUCGCGGAGGACUUGAAAGAUUCGAUAGGAAAGAUUGCGGAAGACUCCUCUAAUUUGAUCAAGGACGCGUUGCAUUCUGUUCAGAAUAUCGUCGGAAAUGUUUUUAGUGACAUUAACAGUGGUAUCGAGAAUACGGUAAAUGGUAUCAAGUAUAUCGUUUCCGGUAUAUUCAAUUAAGUAACAGAUACCGUCCAAAAUGGAGUAAAAGACGCUAAGGAUGGUAUAAAAGAUACAAUGGAUAAGUUUAGGCCGCCGAAUAUAGCGCACAAUGUUGCGGACACAGUUCAACAUGCAGGAAAUGCUGCAGAUAAUGUUAUUGGUAAUGUUCUAGAUGACGCGAAAUAAUUUUUCUAAAUUACAAUAUAAUAUACGCAAUCGCAAUUAAGUACAAAUAAAUGUCGACGAAGUUUUGCUUUAACGCACAAAUUUAUUAUCUACGUCUAGUGUUUUAAAAUGAUAUCUCAUUUUAAAACUAACAGUAUAGAAGAUAAAGUAACAGUAAACAAAAAGAAAAAGCAGAACAAAGAACAAAACGUGAACAAUUAAUAAAACUUAUUAUAAAGAUAUGUACACACACGUGCGUGUGUAUGCGUAUGUAUAACCAUGUAUGUAAAUACGUGAAUAAAUGAAAUUUAA